AUGGAAACCCAAAAACCUACUGUUACAUGCUUAAUUAUAGGUGGAAAAAGAUGUUUGUAAUACACUUUUCCAGAUAAAACAGAAAUGGUAGAAGAAUAUGAUAUGAAAAGCCAUGAAUUAUUAAUGAGAAAAAUCAAAAAAGCUAGCAAUUUUAAGGAAGCUAAAUGGGAGUAUGAAAUAGGAGAAGCUCCUCUAAAUCCUAAUCAAUAAGAAUAACUGUUAAAGGCUACAAGUGCAAAUCCUAUAUUCUUAAGAAAGGACACAGACAGAGAUUUUUAGUUUAGAAUUAGAAAUUUGCCAUACCCAGAAGAAGUUUACUAAAUCGAGGUCGAUGAAGAAAAAUAAUAAUUAGUGGUGAGAACAACAAAUAAAAAAUACUUUAAAAGAAUUGAUGUUCCUGAUUUGGCAAGAUAUAAUUUAAAGUUAGAAAAGGGCAAAGCAACUUUCUCUUACAAAAAUAGUACAUUGCUUAUAUCAUAUCCUAAACCAGAUCCUAUACUUUUAAGAGAGUCUGAGAGAAGAAAAUAAUUCGAGAAAUUAAAUGCUAAAAAACCAAGGGAAGGUGAUAUUGAAUUUGUUGAAAAUUGA